AUGAGGAUUUAGAAAAUAAACCAAUUAUUAUUGGUGUUGUUACCUUAUAAGAUCCACCAAAACCAAAAACCAAGAGGUCCAUUAAAAAAAUGCAAAAUAGCAGGUAUUUCAGUUGUCAUGAUUACUGGUGAUAUCAAAGAAACAACAUAAUCUAUUGCUAUAUAAAUUGGUAUUCUCCAGAAUUAAUCCCAAUAACAAACUCAUUCAUUCACAGGGUUAGAAUUUCAUCAAUGGGAGAAAAGAUAAUAGAAAACCAAAUGGAUUAGUCUUCUCAACAACCUAUCCUUCGCACAAUAGAGAAUUUGUCAAAAUAUUAACUAGGUAAUUGAAUCAAAUUACUGCAAUGAUUUGUCGUAGGGGAGAAAGAAAAUUUAAUGA